ACUGCACGUAACUUGACAGCUUAGUUGCAAUGAAAAGGAGUGUAGUGAACGAAAAAUAAUUAGAAAAUAACAAAUUGAAACAAUGAUUUUAGUUAUAAAGAAGUGGUGAAAACACUUAAAAAAUGUCAUUUAGCUUUAAUAAUCAAAUCCCAGCCAUGAUGCCGAUUCUUGGCAUGACAAAUGGGACGACCAAUUUUAUUCCUCCAAUUGGAACAUCAAUGCCUCUAGCUCCAAUCACUGGAAUAAAUGAUGUGCCAUUGGAAUUUAAUUUAAAGAAAAUUAAUAAUGUCGGUGGCAGUUGUCCAAUGGAUCUGGAAGAGCGUGAUCGAAACAGGCGUUCAACCAGCACCAGUACGGAUCGAGAUCGUCACGAUGAUUCUAACAAUUCAGUGGACAGUCCCGACAAAAAUGGUCCAAUGUUAAAUAGUAAUGCAUUCGGUCAACAUCAAAGCGAUUUGUUCAACAGUCUGAUGGGGAUGCCGCAAAGUCUGAUGAUGGUUCCCGGAAUGAUGAAUAUGAAUAUGAUGGAUCCGACAAUGUUACAAUUUCCCAUGAUGGGACAAAUGUCAUCAAACGCCAUUCAUCAGCAACAGCCAUCGGACCAUCAGGGAUCGACUCCAUUGACUCCGGUGAAGGAGGUCAUUACAUGCAAAUCGUGCACACUGUUUCCACCGAAUCCAAACGCUCCACUUCCUACGACUCGUGAACGUCCGCCCGGCUGUCGAACAGUGUUCGUGGGCGGUUUACCGGAAAACAAUACUGAAGAUAUUAUCCGAGAGAUAUUCGAACGAUGCGGAGAGAUAACCACAUUGCGUUUGUCCAAAAAGAACUUUUGUCACAUUCGAUUCGUUUUCGAAGCGUCCGUCGACUCUGCCAUUUAUCUAUCCGGUUAUCGCAUACGCAUCGGUAGUAGCAGCGAUGCAACCAACUGUGGUCGAUUGCAUGUAGAUUAUGCACAAGCUAGAGACGAUCAAUACGAGUUCGAAUGCAAACAAAGGCAAUUACAGCGUGAACAACGGCAUCGCGAACGUGUCGAACGCGAUAGGUUUGUGAUAAUGCGUCCUCUGUCACCACCACCAAUUGUUCACUAUACGGACCAUGAAGCGGCUGCAAUAUCGGAGAAAUUGAAACAGGACGAUCAUUUCACGAAAGCUGUGCAGGUGCUGAUUACUUGGCUGGAGCGAGGUGAUUGUAGCAAGAAAAAUUCGAACACCUUUUAUUCGAUGAUUCAGAGUACCAAUUCACAUGUGCGAAGACUGCAGACGGAAAAGUCCACCUAUGAGGAAGAGCUACAAAAAGCCAAAGAACAUUAUCGCAAACAAAUGCAUAGCAUGACCGUCCAAUUCACUCAGAUUGAAAAAGUUUUUGGGGCAACUCGAAUGCAGAAAGUGUGGGAUCACUUCACGAAGGCCCAGCGCAAAAACAUCGAUAUGUGGAAGAAGCAGUCUUCGGAAAUACGUAAUAUGCAAUUGGAGGACUUCCAUGAUACGGACGAAAUGGAUAUGUCAGAUGAUUCGCAAGAUCUUCCCAGAAGCAAUAAACGUUUCAAGAGCGAUAACUAUUACUCACAGUACGAUACAUCCGGCAACCAUAAAUCCGACCAUGACAAUCACAAGAACGACAGCGAUUCGUUGAAGUCGAUCGGUCCGGACAGGGACAUCAAAGAAAGGCAAAUGCAAGUGCUCCAAGAGACAAUACGGAAUUUACAAACGCAACUGCUUGACAACAAGACAAAAGAAAAGGAAAACAUGUCCAAGAUUACAGAUCUGGAAACGAAGUUGAAACAAGCGAACGUGAAGGAAUUGCUGCUGAAAACGAAAAUUGUCGAAGCUUGCAAACAAACGACUAAACUCUCUGAUGGUGAUGAUAGUGAUGUUAUCGAUUUGGACGAUGAUAAAACGGAUGUUAAACAACAAACAGCCAAUGCAUCCGCAACACAGUUGAAGCCGGACAAGAAUUGCGCCGAGGAAUCGAGAAUUGGGUUGAUGGAAGCUCGGUUGAUUGGUCUGUUGUCGACAUUUCUAGUGGUUCAUCCAUUUGGUGCAAGCUUGGAUUACAUAUUUUCGUAUGUUCAGCGUGCGGCCCCGAAUCUUCGACCGAAGGAACUGGAAGAGAUUUUAAGCCGAUACGGCAGUAUAUUUAAUGAGGAAGUGUCGGGAGUUGGUGCUAAAAUUGAACGUAAAUGGAAAUUCUGUGGUUUUUAUGAUACUAAAAGUAAACAACACGAGUAAGCUUAACACAAACACAAAGAAUCAAAUUUUUUGUUUUUCGUUUUUUCCUUUUAAUUAAUUUUAUUUUUUUUGCGUUUGUAUUUAAUGUUAUUUUUAUUUAAAAUUUAGAACCAGGAACGUUGUUAACCGAAUAAACUGUGUUUUUUAUGAGUAACGUAGUCACUCUCAAAGA